AUGACGACGACGACACCACCAACAACUUCUUGUUGUUGUUCGCAUUCUUCGAGAAGGACGUUGUCGUUAAAAAAGAAUUCCUCGUCGUCUUUGUUUUUUAGCAGAAGGACUGUUGCGACGACGGCUGCUCGCACUCCUAAUCGUCGAAAAGACAUCGUAACGGCUUCUUCUUCGUCGUCGUCUUUGUCAAAGUCGUCGUUUCAUCGUCGUCAGAGGAAAGAAGAAGAAGACAACAACAAUAACAAAGAAAAAAGAAGAGGCGAUUUACUCCCGCGAAAUGCGGCGACGUACGGGGAAGAGCCGCCGCAACAACCGUCGCAAUUUCGCGACAGGAAAUCAGGAGGCGGCGGCAGAGGAGGCAGAGGACGAGGUUCGAACGGCAGAGGAGGCGGGAGAACGAGCGAGAACAAAGGAGGACGAGGAGGACGAGGAGGACGAGGAGGACGAGGACGAGGAAGAGGCGUAAGGAAAUCUUCGGACGGGAAGUCGCAUCUCGGGUCGUCGUUGGAGUACGUCGAGGACAAAGCGUUCCCGAGCGUGUACGACGAAAAGCCGAGAGGAGGAGGAGGAGGCGCGUCGUCGCAAGGAGAGUAUAACGAUGAUUUAAUCGACGAUCCACCGAUUAAAAUUUUACCGUUAGGAGGGUUAGGCGAGAUUGGUAUGAAUUGUAUGCUCGUGGGCGUGAACGAUAGGUACAUUUUGUUGGACGCCGGGUUGAUGUUUCCGGACCACGAGGAGCUCGGGAUACAAAAAGUGUUACCGGACGUCAGUUUUUUGAAAAGAUGGAGAGAUAAGAUUGAAGCGGUAGUGAUUACGCACGGACACGAAGAUCACAUCGGGGCGUUGCCGUGGGCGAUCCCUGCGCUCGAUCCGAACACGCCGGUAUACGCGGGUAUUUUCACCAUGCAACUCGUCUCCCGACGCAUGCAAGAGUUUAACCUUUGGAAUCCGGACCGGUUUAAAGUUAUGGAAAUGGGCCAACGGUUCAUGGCGGGACCGUUCGAGAUUGAAGCGGUGAGAGUGACGCACUCGAUCCCGGAUUGUUGCGGGUUGAUUUUUAGGAGCGAACACGGGACGAUUGUUCACACCGGAGAUUGGAAAAUUGACGAGGAUCCCGUGGAUAAUCAAAUCUUCGAUCGAACGGCGUGGGAACAAGUCGGGAAGGAAGGGGUGACGCUGAUGAUGUCAGAUUCGACGAACGUUUUGUCCCCGGGAAGGACGACGUCAGAGUCUGAGGUGAGGGAAGCGAUCAUGCAAAAAGUGGUUGGACAUAAAGGACGGAUUAUAUCGACCCAGUUCGCGUCAAAUAUACAUCGAUUGUACGGUAUUCGCGACGCCGCGCAAGCGACGGGGAGAUCUAUCGCGUUUGUUGGACAAUCUUUGAAUACGUAUUUGGAAGCGGCCAAGAAAGCUGGAAUGGCACCGUUCGAUCCAGAAAAGCUCGUUCCUGCCGAAGAUAUCGAUUCGUACGACCCGUCGAAGCUGUUAAUUGUAACCACCGGGUCGCAAGGUGAACCAAACGCUCAGUUGGCUCGCGCCGCGUGCGGCGCCUCCCCGUUACUCACCUUACGAAAAGAAGAUUUGUUAUUGUACUCGGCAAAAAUGAUUCCCGGCAACGAGAAAAAAGUCAUGCGAAUGAUGAAUUCAAUAGCGAAAAUCGGCCCAACCAUCACCAUGAAACGCGACGACGGAUUACACUCCUCCGGUCACGCGCAUCGGGAAGAGUUGGACGAAGUUUUGAAGCUCAUCAAACCGGAACACUUCUUACCGGUUCACGGAGAAUACGCGUUUUUGAAAGAACACGAACGGUUAGCCAGAGAAACCGGGGUUGUUCACACCUCAGUCAUAGGAAACGGAACCUUACUCGGGGUCACGCCUUUGAAGAAUAAGAAAGCGCACGGCACGUUGGGCAAUUUCCAUCGAAUCGGAUCGGCUCGAUUACAAACGAUGUUCAACGAUGGUGGGAAAGGCUCGGGUACCGCGGAAGAUUUAGCCAUCGAAGAAAGAAUGCGAAUUGCUACCGAAGGCGUCGUCGUGGUUGAUUUUGAAGUCAUAGAAACCGCUGGACACGCGAUGGACUCGAGAGCGCGAGUCACGAGCCGAGGAAUGUGGACCGAUAAUGGACGCCUCUUGCGACACUUGAAAGAAGCCGCGGUGAACAGUUGCGCCGGGAUGAAUUACGACUCAAAACUCGCCGCGGUGGAAAGAACCGUCGCUCGGGCCAUCCGCUACGCCUGUCGCUCCUACUGCAACAAAAAGCCAGACGUCAUCGUCGUCGCGCAUCGCUUGGCCUUGAAGAAAGGCAAUGGCAAAGGAAUAUCAUCUCCAUCGAGCGACGACGAUUCAGACGACGACGAUGAAGAUGACGACGAGGAAUCGAGCGGGUUCUCGGACGAAGACGAACCUUUAAAAGAGGAGGAAGAGGAGGAGCAAAAACGGUACCGCAGACGCGUCAGUCGUCCGGAAGGCGUGCGACCUUUGCGAGGCGAUUACAAAGGUCCCGGUGCGGGAGGAAUUGGUCGAGAAAGGUACAGAGAUAGCGGGUACGAUUAA